AAUUUUAAAGAAUCGAUUUUACUAAGCUAGGUUAGUGGAGUUCCUCUCGUUUUUAUACUCCGUAGUAUUUAUUUGCACUAUUCCAAACCGUGCAUAUUCGUCUGUUGUACAAUACUCGAUCUCCCGGACAUUUCUUUUUUUUUACUUUUAUUGUUUUUUUUUCUUUUACUUCUUUGGCCUUUGCUAUAUAUUUCACGUGAUGAUUUGUUUUGUAUAGCUUAAACUCUCGAUGUGUUCAAUUGCUAAUGCGUGUUAAAUUGUUAAUUAGUUAAUCAUAAAAUGAGAGACAACUAAUAAUAAGACAAAAUUGACACUUUAUCUUUUAGCUCUUGUUAUCAUUCUAUGUAUCCAUAUGACCAUAUCUUAAUCUUAACCUAUCUUAUAAAAGCCACUUUGUGUAUUAAAUUCUUAAUGCAGUUGUCAAAGAUGUAAAACAACUCUGCUACACAAUAUUGCUGUUGUAUUGCUCCGUUGACGCCGUUAUGUAUUUUGAGUCACGGUGUUAAUGUUUUUCCUCCGUCUGUGACUGUUCAACUGCAUGGCCGAAACUCUUGGAACUCUUUGUACGGGCAAGUUAUUACUCCAUUACUCCACAAUUAAGAUGACGUUCUAAGAAACUCUUGGAAAUUAUUCUUCUUCCAUGACCCGUUGCUGAAGCUCAUACGUCCUUUAACUGUUUCUGCGCAUCUCCAGUGUUAUAUAUAGUUUCGAAAGACAAAACGAUGAGGCUUCCGCAAAUUACUAUUCAGCUUCCCUCCUUGUUUGAGAUUCCAGUUUUUUUAGGCUUGCUAGAUUGUUUGCAGUUUAAGUUCGACGUGUUUCAUCUGGAGCGGGUCCUUUAUCUCCGCUCCCAGGAGUCCCAGUCCAUUCAUCAGGCGUUUGGCGCGGCUGUUUCAUAUCCUAGGCAGUCGUCUGGGCAGCAGCCAACCCAGCAGAAUUCAGGAUCCACUCACCCGGUCGGGCAGCAGACUUACCCGGUCGGGCAGGCUCGGCAGAACGGCGCUCCACAGCGCGGGCGAGGACGUGGGCGCGGCAGAGGCCGCGGAGGCAGGGGGCGUGGCCGAGGACAGCAGCAGCAGGCAUAUUGGUUUCCCCGGGGGCAUCCAGUUUAUUACCCCGGAGGGGGUGGGCAGCCGAGUACUCCUGCAGGGGGUGUGACAUCUACGGGCUUGCCAUCAGACGGAGGUAUUCUCGGAUCUGUUCCCCAUCCUGUUGUCUGUCAAAUUUGUUUUUCUACAGGUCAUUCUGCCAUUAACUGUCCUUCUCGUUUCACACAACCGACGUCUCCUGCUCUGUUGACUACUCCCGGUGACACUACUCCUGCUCUAUGGUUUCCUGAUUCAGGAGCUUCUGCUCAUAUGACUGCAUCUGAAGGACAAAGCAACGGGGGCAAUACUUCUGCGAGCUACUAGUAGUGGACCACUUUAUCCUCUCCAUCUGCCGUCUGCAUCACCAUUAGUUUUUGCUUCCGUCUUAGCUUCUGGCCCUGUGUGGCACCGUAGAUUAGGUCACUGUGGUGAUAGUACUUUACAGUUUCUUAAGAGAAAACAAUUUUUAUAUAGUCAUACUCCCUUUACUCAUGAGUGUGUGACCUGUAGUUUAGGAAAAUCACAACGUUUACCUUUUAUGGAUGCUAGUCAUAAUUCUAUUUUUCCUUUGGAGAUUAUUCACUCUAAUGUGUGGCAGUCACCUGUGUAUUCAAAUUUGGGAUUCAAGUAUUAUGUAUGUUUCAUUGAUGAUUUUUCUCGUUAUACUUGGAUAUAUCCCAUGUGUCACAAAAAUGAAGUUUUCAUGCACUUUAAAAAUUUUAAAGCUUUGGUUGAAAAUCUUUUUAAUCAGAAAAUUAAAAUUUUUCAAAGUGAUGGGGAGGUGAAUUUGUUAAUAAUAAUAUGCAACAAUUUUUCUCUGCUAAUGGCAUUUACUUUAGAAAAUCUUGCCCUGACACACCUCAACAGAAUGGGGUUGCUGAGCGCAAGCAUCGUCAUUUACUUGAGUUAACUAGGACCAUGCUUCUUGAAGCUUCGGUUCCGAGUCACUAUUGGGUCGAUGCCAUAUUUACUGCUGCAUAUAUUAUUAAUAGAUUACCCUCUCCUACCUUAAAUGGUCUUACUCCGUAUCAAAAACUGUUUAACCGAGUUCCAGAUUACUCCUUUAUGCGAGUAUUUGGUUCUGCCUGUUAUCCAAAUUUCAAUGCCACCUCAGCCAAUAAAUUAUCACCUCGUUCAGUUCAGUGUGUUUUCCUUGGCUAUGCAUCCGGUUAUAAAGGCUAUCGUUGUUUGGAUCCUUUCACAGGUCGAGUCUAUGUUAGCCGUCAUGUUAGGUUUCAUGAGGACACAUAUCCUUUUAAAACUCUCUCAUCUGCUCCAUCCAGGUCUAUUUCUACUACACCAUCUCCUAUGCAUCUCAUCGAUAUCACUCUUGACCCACCACUCCAGCCUGUUCCCACAAUUACGGCCGCACCAGCACCAACCCCAUCCUCGCCACCUCGGUCACCAAGUAUUCCUAUCACUCCGAGUGUACCGUCGCCCCAUUCCUCCUAUCCCACGUCCACAACCAGCCCCCCCACCAUCCCAUCUCUCCUCCCAUACUUCGUCUAGCACGCCACAGACAACAUCAACUGACACUGUCUCACCUGAAACCACCUCACCUACGUCCACUACGGUAGUUAAUCACCAUCCCAUGCAAACCCGUGCUAAGUCAGGAAUUUUUAAGCCUAAAACCAUUUUUAAUUUAAGUACAGUUACUAUCAAUGCAGAUCCUACCUGUUUUACUGAGGCAAAUAAACAAUUAAAAUGGCGUGAGGCGAUGGCUGAUGAAUUUAAUGCACUCAUUAAUAAUAAUAUGUGGGACUUGGUGCCCUUUGAUAACUCUAAAAAUAUUGUUGGUUGUAAGUGGAUUUAUAAAACUAAAUAUCAUUCUGAUGGAUCCUUAGAGCGCCAUAGAGCUCGAUUAGUUGCACAGGGUUUUAAUCAGCAGGCAGGUAUUGAUUUCUCUGAAACUUUUAGUCCUGUCGUUAAACCCACCACUGUUCGUAUUGUACUUACUCUAGCUAUUUCUUUUGGGUGGGGAAUACGACAACUUGAUGUUAAAAAUGCCUUCUUACAUGGGAAUCUGACAGAAGAAGUUUAUAUGCGGCAGCCCCGUGGUUUUAUUCACCCUCACUUUCCUAAUCAUAUAUGUCGUCUGCGGAAGGCCAUUUAUGGCCUUAAGCAAGCUCCACGAGCCUGGUUUCAUAGAUUUAGUAGCUUUCUUCUACAACAUAAUUUUUCUUGUAGCAAAUCCGACAAUUCUUUGUUCAUAUACCGCCAGAAUAAUACUAUUAUUUAUUUAUUAUUAUAUGUGGAUGAUAUUAUUAUUACUGGCAAUUCUGAUUUCUCUGUUACCCAAUUUAUUUCAAUUAUAUCUAAACAUUUUGCUAUGAAAGACUUGGGUAAUCUCCAUUAUUUUCUGGGUGUUGAGGCCAUUCGUUCAGCUAAAGGUUUGUUUCUCUCUCAACAUAAAUAUGUUACUGACCUUCUAGCUCGUUUUCACCUUCAUACUGUCAAACCUGUUCGCACCCCGUUAGCUUCCCGUACCACUCUGUCUCUUUCUGAUGGUGAGCUAUUAUCUGAUUCUACUGAGUAUCGCAGCAUGGUUGGUGCACUACAAUAUUUAACUUUGACACGGCCAAAUAUUACUUAUGCAGUACACUUAGUGUCUCAGUUCAUGCAUGCUCCUCGUACCACUCAUCUUUUUGCAGUCAAAAGAAUUUUCAGAUACUUGCAGGGAACGCAAGAUCAUGGACUUUGGCUUCAGCAGUCUAAUCGGCCAACCUGUAUAGUUGCUUACUCCGAUGCAGAUUGGGCAGGUUGUCCUGAUAGUUCUCGGUCUACCACAGGUUUUGCUGUAUUUUUGGGCCCUAAUUUGGUUUCCUGGAAGGCUAAGAAGCAGCCCACUGUGUCCAAGUCCUCCACGGAAGCGGAAUAUCGUGCCAUUGCUUACACAGUACAAGACACACUACAUAUCCGCUCAGUCCUGUUCGAACUUGGAUGGCCUAUCUCCGAGCCGGUACAUUUAUUAUGUGAUAAUAUAUCUGCUUCUUACUUGACUGCAAAUCCAGUUCAGCAUGCUCGCAGUAAACUUAUUCAGAUUGAUUAUCAUUUUGUUCGCGAACGGGUUGCUCAUGGAGAUCUGAUUGUUCAACAUGUUCCUACUCAUCUACAGCUGGCAGAUAUUUUUACUAAAAGUCUAUCUAGUCAACGUUUUCAUUUUUUGAAAGACAACCUGUGCGUUGUAUCUCCCGCACAGUUUGAGGGGGUGUAAUAGAAUUACUAUAGGCUUAGUAUUGUACUUUACAUUAAACUCUCUCUAAUAUAAAUAUAUCUGCCAGGGCUCCUCAGGGAGUAACCUUUUCCAUUAUUUCACAAAACCAACUUUGCUUAUAACUUUUUUAGAUUUAGGUAAUCAUAAAUCUUUUGAUUUA